AUCAGAGGCGGGAGAGAUGGAAGGGACAGCGACGGCGGUGAAGACGGUAGAGGAGGUGGGUGCCUUGUUGCAAGACUCCCGUGGGCCAUCCCAGGAGUUGGCUGCUCCCAGGCAGGUCGUUACCUUCACAGGACUCGUCCCCCACACCCAACACAACGAUGUCAAGCCCGGCAACCACCCCUAUAGUGCGGUGGAUGUGACAGGGAUGCGGGAGAGGUUGGUGAGGGCGGAGUCCCCACUGCAGACUGUAGAGGAGGCGCGGGCGGGGGAAUUCACACCGAUAAGAUGGAUCAAUCACCACAUGGACCGUCACUGGAACGCCGAUUCUCUCCUGGAACGGUCUGAUAGGUCAGUGGACAGACAGACAGACAGGCAGAUAUGGAUAACUGGAGAGAUAGUUGGAUAAGUAUAGAUAUGGCAAGCAAAGAAUCAAUGUCGGGAAGGAGCCGAUAAGUAAUUAGACUAACAGAUUGAUUAGGCAAAUGUAAGUAGAUAUCAACUGGGAAACAUAAGUAAAGAUAGCUAAGCAAACAGGUUAAAGAGAAGUAUUGAUAAAGAGAAAGACUGGUUUAGAUAGAAUGAAGUCGGUAAAUAUGAACAGUAAUGGAAAGUUACGAUACAGAUAUAUAGGUAAAAAAAGAUGAACAGAUAAUUAAAGAGAGAAAAAGAGGUGCAGUUGUCUGUGUGUAGGUUGCGAAACAAGAGCCGUCAGACGGAGGCGUACACCGAGGAACGGACGCUCACGGCCCAGAACUCGGUGACCAGGGGACUGGACGACCGCCUCACCUCUACCCUGGAACUCCGCUCACACCUCCACCACGCCAUCAACAACACCAUCGACGAGCUUGCUCUCCAAGACACCAUGAAGACUCGCCUGCAGAUGUCACUGUUUGCGCUGGAGCUGCCGGAGAGGAACAACGAGGAGUGUAUACACAUCAGGAGGUUCCGACUAGACGUCGACCGCACCCGCGACCCCGUCAUCUUCACCCUUAACAAGGAAACAGAGGUGCUUCGUACUGGUAGGUCCCUUUUGACAGAGACACUAAAUGAAACGGAGGCACAGAUCGCUCGUCUGCUGGAGGUGAAAAGGCUUCUAGAACACGACUGGUCAGACAAGCAGGAGGCCUUCCAGCUAGACCACUCUGCUGCCAAGCUCGUCAACCAGACAGCCAAUGCACAAUUUAAGCCAGUGUCGGCGGCCCUGCACGAGGGAGUGUCUGCCCCUGACACCUGGAGCCGCCGUAGCUGGGAACACCUGGAUGUGUGCAAAAGGGAAAUGAACUCAGGUACCCAGCUGAGGGGCGCUGCCGACCAGGCCCUGCAUGCGGUGGCAAGGGAUGCUGAGGAUGCUGCUGAGGCUACCGAUGUGGCCUUCAACACCCGCAUACGUGAGCUGGAGGACGCCAAGGCCAAGCUCACCGAUAAGGAUGCCAUGUUACGGAAAGAAAUCGCAGAGGAGGAGGGGAGUCUGGCGUCACUGCGUCAAGCACUGCAGGACAAGGAGUCCCCGCUACAGGUGGCACAGAGCCGCCACUGGACCCGCUCCUUCAGGCCCGGUGCUGACCGCUGUCUCGACCACCCCCACUACAGACUCAAGGACGAGCUGGAGGAACUACCUCAAAGCAUCGAGGCGCUCAGGGAUCAUCUAAGGGCAAGUGAGGACACACUGGAGGAACUUCACCGCCUUCACGAGGACUUCUCCAGGGACAUCCUUAACAGGGAACACACCAUCAGUCUGGAGCGUCGCUGUGUUACAGUCAGGAGCCUCAGGCAGACUCAAGCAAAGCUGCUGGGCCUGUGAUGUGUUUUGAACUUUUGGGUGCUGCAUGAUGUGCUUGAUUGUAAGGGAGUCAGCAGAGUACAUUCCGGAUCAAACUGUGUGUAUAUGUGGUGAACUUAUUAGUACUAUAAAUGAGUUAUACGGUAACUUAUACCACACAUCGCUGAACACUUAAAACUAUAGUAUGAAGAACAAGGUAAGAUAAGCCAGCAAAACAAAAACACGCUUUGCGUCGCACUGGGAUGUUUUGUUGGCGCAUCUGCCCAACACAACGAUAACAACAAAGCGUCUAGACGAGGUUCACCAUGGAUCCCGUUACUACAGUUGAGGCCUUGCAGGAUUGUGCUAUAGUUCAUGAAUUGAUGAAGCAAGUGAGGCGUCUGCACAAGCUAAAGAAAAGACAAAUGGAUGCUUCCUGAAGUUUCUUUAAAAGUGGCGGCUGUUGGCCGGUCAAAGAAUAUUCUGAAUAAUGAUUUAAUAAUACUAAAGAAGUUUUAAAGUGAAGAAUAAAUAGAAACAUGUCACCGUUUAUGUGUUA